AUUAUUUGUUAUUAUAUUAUGUCUUUAUGAAUCUAUUAUUUUAUUACGAUUAAACUUCAAUUUUUCUAUUGUUCUCAAUGUUCGUAUAAUAUAAACUAUAAAAUGAUUAUUUUUCAUGGAUUGUUUUGUAUGAUUUAGUAUGGAAUUAUCAAAACAGUUAUUUGUGAAUUUUAAACAAAUAUAAUAUUCUAUUUUAAUUUAUAAUUUUCAAUAGUAAGAAAUCACUAAAUAUUUCAUGUAAAAAUUGAUUUACAAUUGAUUAAAAUGUGGAAACCAAUAUUUGUCGUUAUAUUUGGUUUGUCAUCUGUAUGGAGUGAAUUAUUCAGUGAAAAUGUUGAAAGGUAUGGAUCGAAUGAUCUUAUACCUAUUGUCUUAAAGGGAAAUUACUCUCAGAAUUACCCUCAAAUUAUCAACAAUACUAUGUCUUAUUUGUUUCUUUUUGAUUACUUGCCGAAUUCAACUUUUGAGCCACCAAGAGUUAAAGUUACAUUAAUAGAGCCAGAAGAUAAUAGUAUUGUAGAUCCCUUGAUAGUUGUUGUAAGACACCGCUCUGGUGUAAUAUCAUGGCAACUUCCAUACAUAGAAAAACAACAAGAAAUAAAAUAUUACAAAGCUGCUCAUAUAUUAUGUCCAUUAUUAAGUGCUUCUAAUAAUGAAAGUAGAAUAGUUGUAAGUGUAUCAACUAACAGUCUAAGUAAUAUUACAUUCAUUUUACGUUUGGAUAUUCAAAAAUCAUUUAAUGUAUUAUUGAAUCAAGAAGUUUCAUUCAACCUAUCACCAUCAGAACCAGUGUAUUAUUAUUAUAGUUUUAAACAAAAUUCUUCUAUGGUAUUACUACAUGUUAAAUCUGAUGAUUCCAUAUGUAUGACAUUGUCAAUACAAAAUUCAUCGUGUCCAGUUUUUGACUCUCUAGAAACAGUACAAUAUGAUGGCUUACGACAAACUGUCAGCAAAACUGGUGGCAUUAUUAUAUCGAAAGAUGAGUACCCACUUGGAUUGUUUAUAGUUUUUGUAGUUCAUAGUGAUGAUUCAGCAUGUCAUCAGGGAAACUAUCAAGCAAUAAAUUCUAGGACAAAAAGCAUAAACUUUGUGGUGAAACCAACUGUUGAUUUUAAUUAUCAAAUAAUCAAUUGCUUAAUAGUAAUUGUUAUUUUUAUUUUUAUUUUGGUAUUUACCACAUUUUUUUAUCAUACAAAAGGAGAUGAUCUGAAAACAAUUGACAUCAUACAAGAAGAACCAUCAACUAGUAUUUGUUCAACUCCUGUUAAUAUUCAACCUGAUAAUGUGAGUUAUGAUUCAUCUUUAGAUGAGACUGAUAUUGACAUUUUAAAGUCACCUGAACCUUGGAAAGAUUUGAUUAGAACCAAAGCAUGUCUAUAUGUCAGUGAUUUGUCUAAAAAAGAUCAUAGAAUUUUAAAAGCCAAAUCUAGAUUAUAUGUGUGGAAUUUGAUAACAGUAGCUGUAUUUUAUUCACUGCCUGUUACCCAAUUAGUUUUUACAUCACAAAAAAUGCUAAUUGAAACUGGAAAUCAGGAUUUGUGUUAUUAUAAUUUUCUGUGUUCACAUAGUUUUAUACUCGGGCCAUGGAAAUUUAGUGAUUUCAAUCAUAUAUUUUCAAAUAUUGGGUAUAUAUUCUUUGGACUUCUCUUCAUUUUAAUUACAUAUAAACGAGAAUGUGUGAAUAUACCCAAUAAAAAAUUUGGUAUCCCCAAUCAUUAUGGUUUGUAUUAUGCUAUGGGAUCAGCACUGGCUAUGGAAGGGUUAAUGAGUGCUUGUUAUCAUGUAUGCCCUAAUCAUUCCAAUUUCCAAUUUGAUACAAGUUUCAUGUACGUUAUAUGUAUGCUAAGUAUGAUAAAAAUUUAUCAAACUAGACAUCCUGACAUCAAUGCAAAUGCAUAUUUAGUGUUUGGUGUUUUGGCAUUAGUUAUUAUACUUGGUCUUACUGGUAUUAUGUAUGAAGGUCCAAUACUAUUUGUUCUCUUCACUUGUUUACAUUUAAUAAUGAUAUUUUGGUUAUCGGCACAAAUAUACUAUAUGGGCAGAUGGAAAUUAGAUAAAAAAACACCAAAACGAUUUUUAAACCACAUAAUGACUGCACCAAAUCCAUGUAGACCAAAGUAUCCAAAUCGAAUGGUUUUGUUGAGUUUUGGUAUUUUAAUAAAUUUGGGAUUGGCUGUAAGCCAUUGGAUGAUAAAGUUUGGUAAUUUUGGGAAUUACCUUUUGAUAUUGUUUAUGGUCAAUUUGAUUCUGUAUUUAUCAUUUUAUAUUGUUAUGAAGUUGAUAUCAAAGGAAAAGUUACAUUUUUGGCCAUUACUAUAUAUUUUGUUGGCUAUGAUAUUUUGGUCAGCCUCAUUGUAUUUUUAUGUGCAUAAAUCAAGUUCAUGGACUCUAAGCGCAGCUGAAUCAAGAACGUAUAAUACUCCAUGUACCUUUAUGGAUUUCUAUGAUAAUCACGAUAUUUGGCAUUUUCUAUCAGCUAUUAGUUUGUUUCUCUCAUUUAUGGUUUUGUUUACAUUGGAUGAUGAUGUUAAUUCUAAACCUACAGCAACAAUACCUGUUUUUUAGAAAAAUGUAAUGUGAUUUUAUUUAAAUAUUAUCAUUAGUACAACAAUCUAAUUAAGUCAAACAUUGCCAAAGUACAUCAUAAGAUUGUAAAUAUAGUGCUAUGUAUUUGUUGUGUUUAAAAUGUCUAACAAAAGCAAUUUAUAGAUUAUAAAUUAGCUCAAUAUUAUAAACUUGUACAUAAUAGUUUAUACUGUAUAAAUAGCUCAUAACCCAGAUAAUAGGUGUAUUGAUUUUACUAUUAGAAAGUAUAUUUUUGUUGUAUUCAAGUAAAAUUUAAUUAAUAAUUGAAUACCUGUUGCAAAAUAUUACCUAUUAUGCUCUAUUGCGAUCAAUUGUUUAAUAAUUGUAUAAUUGUCAUGUUAAUAUUUGUAUAAAAUAUAAUAUAUAUAGGUAUAUAUAUAUUAAAAAUUAGAGCUGUGAUUUUUUACAAUAAAUAUUUAUUUUACUUUUUA